AUGGGUGGAACACACAGUCAUGAAGAUAUUAAUGAAGAUCAGCCUGAGGUUGUAAGGAUAGACCUUUCUGACAUUCCUGAUGAAUAUAAAAAUGUUGGUGUGUCAGAUGACGUCGUUAAUCGCGUAAAGGAAUGGAAUGAUGGUGAUUUGCUUGCUAUGGACAAGUUGACGUUAGUUUGUAGUUUAGAUUCUGGCAAAAAAUUAUUCGGGGCUGAAAUGUGUCUAUCAUUAGAAGAAUUAGAGGAAAGAAAGAGAGCUUUCAAUGAGGCGAUUGAGCGAGUUGAAAAACAGUUCUUCUCAUAUCAGCGAGAAAACGCAUGUAGUAAUAGCGAACAGGUAUGUUCCGGAGAAAAUUGCAAUAGAAAUCGAUUAUUGAAUUGUACUCCGAUCAUUAAUAAUUACGGACAUUGUGUGAAAAAAUUCCGGGAAGAUGUUCUAGUUGAAUUGACGAAGGCAUAA